AUGUUCGACUUGUCUCGCCUACUCUAUGGCGAGCAUAGUGGGCCGCGUAUAAAAUGGAAUCCCCAGCAGGAGAAGGCUUUAUGCGGCAUUAGGAAAAGCAAUCCGCGCGCAGCUUUUAAGGAUCUAGUGCGAAUUUUUAGAGAGCAGACUGGAGUCGAGCGCACAGCAGCAGCACUUAAGCCCCGAUGGGCAAAACUGAGCAUUGAGCAACAGCCAGCAGAUGUACCAUCUCAAAUUCAGAAUAUACGUGCAGGCGGCGAUGAGGGGGUUCUCCCGCAGUCCGAUUCUAGGAAGACUAAGAAAUGCUUCGGAGGAAGCUCUCCUUCUAGCUGGUAG